AGCUGGCUUUCAGCAGCCCUGCAUAUACACCUGUUGUUACAAAGUGUAUUCCGAUGAGGGAUGGCGAUGCAGGUGAGGGCGGAGUCGACCUACGUGAGCUCGCUGGAUUCAGCGCCUGCCGUCUAGCGUUAACAGAUAAUCGUCGUCCUGUGUACAGACGGCCUGCCACACCUAGGACCGGCCAGACGACGGUUAGAGCGCUUUUGCUCGCAGUGUGCAAGAAGAGCAGCUACACAUACUAAAACAGUUGACACGAAGAGAGACCCAUCCCCGAAAGUUGAAGACAAACUAAGAGUGCAUCGGAUCUGAAACUCUUGCCUUCUCCAUUCUUGCCAGCGCCAUGCCUUCCACAAUACACACUCUCCGCACACCACGUGAUCACAGUGCCGACAGGAGGACGGCGACAAUGAAAACGACCAAAGGCGGCGAGGCGGUGCUGAAGAACCUGGCCGAACAGUUGCUGACGUCGGACGAGUGCUGGACCUUCAAGCAGGCGCUGCAGCACUUCCGCCGCACGCGGUCCGUGCCGACUCUGUGCGCCCAGGUGCGGCCCCUCAUCAGCACCACGGAGCGUCUGAUGCUGCUGGUCGAGCUGUCCCACCACCUGCCCACCGAGCCGCUGCGCCGCGACUUCCACCGCCUGUGCACGCUGCAGUUCCCCAAGUACCACACCUUCCUGCGCUACUUCACUCCUCACUCCCCGGCCGGCGGCGGGUCAAAGGUCGUGGCUCAGGACCCCAAGGGGCACCUGCAGGUGGUGCGCACGCGCUACGAGGACGGGCUGAUCGUCACGGAGACUGACGUCACGGGCCCGGCGGGGCGAAGCACUCGCACCGAAGCCCGCUCCGUGGAGCCGCAUGAGGUCCAGCGUCAUGAGAACGGUUUCCUGACCACCGGCCACAAGAGCAACUACUCGAGCCGAGCGCGGAGUGUCAGUCCCUAUGCCGUGUCGUCCGCGGGAUCGGCCAGCAGCACCUUGCACAAGAGUCACCUGUCCAGCGACGCGAAGGUAAGAACUUCCUUUACCUCCUCCAUCAUCAUCAGCAUCAGAAUAACAAUUAUUUUGCUGUCCAGUGGCCAAGCACCUGGCUUCCUUGGAACAGGGCAGCUGAAGAUCCUGAGUGGCUCCUUCCAGUCGCUGGCCAGACCCAAUCACCACGUCACCAACCAGGAGGAUCUAGACGGAGGUUCCCAGCAGAAGCGUGUCUUGCUGUCUAGGAGAAGUGAUGGCAGCCUGGGGGUGGGCAUCAAGGGAGGGAUCGAGUACGGCACUCCCAUCGUCAUCCAUGUCGUCGAAGACGGCAGCCAGGCUCAGCAACAGGGGCUGAGCGUGGGGGACAAGAUUGUGGACGUCAACGGGAAGGACUUCCGGAAUGUGACGCACGCGGAGGCGGUUAGCGCGAUGCGUAACGCCUGGAACGUCAUCAUGAUCGUGGAGCCCGCAGGCCCAAACACUGACGUCACCAACGACAGCCGGGUAGAUAACGAGAACCUCGCUCGAAGGACAGAGGAUUCUGGCGGGGCGGAGAUGGAGGUCCACGUAUACCCGGAUUUGAACGGCAGACUUGGUUGUGCAGUCAGCAGGGACAUGAUGACUGGUGAGUUGCUGCUCGUGGGGGUCGAGUCGCAGUCAUCUGCCAGCAAGGCCGGGCUCAGCAAAGGGGACAUUAUUUUGCAAAUCGACGGCGUGGACGUUACGUCACUGACAGAAAAGCAGAUCGCCACGCUCACCAACGCCAAGCACGUGCGCCUCACAAUAAAGCGAACGCACGCGAGUGCAACAGGAACAACAGGCAAAACAGGCCGAGAAACAUUGUUCAGUGAUGACGUCUUCAGCCCUCUGGACUUCUCUUCGCCUAACAAAAAUGACCUCUUCUUCGCUGCAUCUUCACCUCGCUUUUCGGGUCGAAGUCGAAGUGUAGAUCGGUUGUUAUCGUCUCGUUCUCCCACCCGUCCCGCAGGACCCGAUGCUUGGUCCAAAGCCGAAUCUAGCUGGGAUAUACACGGGUACGCCGAGUCUCAUAGCGACGACGACUUCCAGCAGCGGGUCAACCGACCUCGUCCCUACGCGACUUCUUCGGCAGCGACCGUGGUGCACAGUGCCCGAUAUGAAGAAGAGGGUCUGUGGAGCACUGGGACUCGCGGGCGUGCGGCUACCCGACAAACGCCUUCAGAAGGGCCUCGCUACACCCUUGUGUACACCCCGCAAGGCUUGGCUGACGAGACCACCACUCACACGGCGACGACGCGGCAGCAAGCAUCAGCUGCAGUUGCUACCACCACGCAGUCACGCGGCAACAAGACGCGAUACAUCUCUAACCGUUCUCGCUCCCAGGAGUCGUCCUCCCACGCGUCUGUGGCGGACAAUGACCUGCAGAUGGCUGUGCAGUCAGGCGUGGAGAAGCGGCAGCGCGCGUUGAGACUGUCCAUGCACCAAGUUCCUGACGACCACGAAGACUGGAAAAUCUGACGAGGUCGACAAAAGAAGUAAUGCGGCAGACUUCGUUCAAGUUGCCAAGAUUUCAGAAAAAAAAAGAGAAAAAACAGAAAGAAAGAAAGCAAAGCGUGCAUCCUACUUCAAGAAGACGGUCACUCUUUCUCCUCCAGCUCUGUUUUUUUUUUGUGGAGACUGUGGAGAGGGAUACUGGUGGUGGCCUUUUUUUAAUUUGGUGUCUGCGCGCGUAUUUGUGUGCAACACCUUCGGUUUUGCUUCCCAGUCUGCCAGAAUUGUUUCACGUGCUUUCUGUUCUUCUGUCAGUAUUUAUCUGUCUUUGCUCACCCCUACUCACUUGGUUUCAACUGUCCUUUAAAGAUGGCUCACCACAUGUCGACUUUAAGGUUUCGUGCUUCUUUUCUCCACUGCUACCAAAGAUUGUGUUUGUGUGUGUGGACUUAAAGUCGAAUCAGAACAGCAUGAGCCAUAUUAACAGGCCUUGAUACCAAUCCCAGUGCAAAAGUAAACCCAAACCAAAAUCCCGCAAUUGGGGUGGGCCGGUGAUUAUUCACUUUGGUACUUCAGGCCCAUUGGUUAGUUUUCCAUAUUUGUUUUGAAGAGAGCUUUUCUGAAGGCCUUACAGCAAGUCUAUGUACCCCAAGACCGUAUAUGGUCGGUCCUUGAUGUAGCUGAUAGUUGUGGACUAACCGUAAAAUUCAGAAUCCAGCCGGCUGUCAACGAAAUACAGACAACCCAGUUCAGCUCUGCAGGUGUCCACCUGACCACCUUCCUGUUCAAAACGACGCGAUUUUUGGUCGUUUUUCGAGGAGAUAGACAUUUCGUUUCGUACAUUCGCUAAAUAGCGAGCGUUAUCUUCUUAUGCUUUUGAAACAACAACAAACUCUCAAGAGCUCCUAACAAUCAGUGUGGCGCGCCUUGUCUCAUGCCUGAUAAGGUCAUGUCACGUGGUUAAGUGUUUGCAUACUUCAUGAAAGCCGCGGCAGCUCUGUAAAUUUGUUAAAAAUCGGCCAUAGCUUUGCAGAAACUGUGUGCAAUAAAAAGGAAUUCACAACUGGCG